UGGAGCCAACCGACGGUCAGGAUUUGCAGGCCCCGCACGGCCGCGGCCAUUGUCGUGUAACCGUUUACUGCGGCCUUGUCGGAACAGCCCCGCCGCUUGCCCAGCGGCCGCCGCGGCAGUUUCGGCUCGCUCUCGCCGGCCGCUGUCUCCGCCGCGGUCGUCGGACGCCCCCCACGCCUCCUCCUCCGUGCUUGAGAAGCCAUCUUCGGCACCCGCCUUCUCGCCGUCCACCGGACACACCAAUUCCCCAAACCCUAGCGCCAAAAUCCCCCAUUUCGGUCGCGCCAAUCGGAACCGGAUUUCCUCGGUUUCCGGCUGGCGCCGGCGGCGGGUUGAGCCGCGCUCUCGCCUCGCCUCACCACAUGUUGCAGCGAGCGCGUGCAUGAACUCUGCGAUGGAUGAGAUCAACCUGCUGCGGCAGGCGCAGCGGCAGCACCAGCACCACCUCAUGGUGCGCGGCAUGGGCGAGGAGAUUGACCUCGAGAUCGGCCCGGGCGACGACCCCUCCUUCUCCGGCGCAGACCUCGUCGCCGUCGCUUCUGGGCACCACGACACCGUCGUCCCCGCCGACGAACACAAGAGCCUCCUUAUCCCAUGCUCUGGCGCCGUGGACGGGCAUGCGCAGCCUCCGGCGCCGCAGCCACAACUGGCGCACGGGGAGGAGCAUGACGGGAUGCUCCGGCUGCCCUCGGCGCACACCAAGAAGAAGAAGAAGGUGGUGAAGAAAUGGCGGGAGGAGUGGGCGGACACCUACAAGUGGGCCUACGUCGCCGUGCACGACAACACCACCAGGAUCUUCUGCUCGGUGUGCAAGGAGUAUGGCCGGAAGCACCGGCGGAACCCAUAUGGCAAUGAGGGAAGCAGGAACAUGCAGAUGAGUGCGCUUGAGGAGCACAACAAUAGCUUGCUGCAUAAGGAGGCCCUUCGGUUGCAGAUGGCCUCCAAGGAGAAGUUGCAGCCCCCCGAGAUCGAGAGGCCGGUCUAUGUCAAAGCUUUGUCGAAAACAGCUGCAUCAAUACUUGAAUCUGUCCUAAGGAGGGAUCCCCAUGAAGCUGAAUUUAUACAGUCGAUCCAGGAGGUGGUUCAUUCCUUGGAACCAGUUUUGGUGAAGAACACUCAAUAUGUCCAAAUUUUGGAGCGUUUGUUGGAACCUGAGAGAUGCUUUAUCUUCAGAGUGCCAUGGAUUGAUGACAGAGGUGAAGCACAUGUCAACAGAGGUUUCCGUGUGCAAUUCAGUCAGGCAUUAGGUCCAUGCAGGGGUGGUCUCCGGUUUCACCCAUCCAUGAGCUUAAGUGUGGCAAAGUUUCUGGCCUUUGAACAUACUUUGAAGAAUGCUUUGUCGUUAUAUAAACUUGGAGGUGCUGCUGGAGGAAGUGAUUUUGACCCAAAGGGUAAAAGUGAUAAUGAGAUAAUGCGUUUUUGUCAAAGUUUCAUGGAUGAGCUAUAUAGAUAUUUGGGCCCUGAUCAGGAUUUUCCUGCUGAAGACAUUGGUGUUGGUCCUAGGGAAAUGGGUUACCUUUUUGGGCAGUAUAGACGCCUUUCUGGUCAUUUUCAGGGAAAUUUUACAGGACCUAAAAUCUUCUGGUCUGGUUCAAGUUUUCGAACAGAAGCUACUGGAUAUGGGCUGGUAUUUUUUGCACGUCUUUUACUUGCUGAAAUGAACAAAGAGCUUAAAGGAUUAAGAUGUGUGAUCAGUGGUUCUGGAAAGAUAGCAAUGCAUGUUUUGGAAAAGCUUCUGCCAUGUGGAGCCAUUCCUGUUACAGUCUCAGAUUCAAAGGGCUAUUUGUUAGAUGAAGAUGGGUUCGAUUAUAUGAAAUAUUCGCUUCUUAGGGAUAUUAAGGCUCAGCAAAAGAGCCUCAAGGAGUACUUGAAAUCAUAUCCACAUGCCAAGUAUAUAGAUGAUGCAAAACCAUGGAGUGAACAGUGUGAUGUUGCAUUUCCUUGUGCCUCACAUAAUGAAAUUGACCAAGGGGAGGCUGUCGCAAUAAUUAAAUCUGGUUGCCGCGUUCUUAUAGAGUGUUCAAAUAUGCCAUGCACUGUUCAAGCAGUUGAUAUCCUAAGAAAGGCAAAAGUCCUCGUUGCUCCAGCAAAGGCAACUGCUGCUGGUGGGGUAGCACUUGGAGAACUUGAAUUGAACCCCGAGUUUAAUUUGAUGCAGUUGUCGGUGGAGGAUUUUGAGAAUAAAAUUCAGGAUGCAAUAAAGCAAACAUACGAAAGGUCGAUCAAAGCUGCUCAAGAUUAUGGAAUCAUGAAAGAGAACCCUGAGUUUGUUUUCUUGUGCUUUGAAAUAAAACGGAUGAUACUAUCGCCUGGUUCAGAGCAGAAACUGAUCUGUACCGCUCCUUAUGCAGGUCAUUGGUGCAUGGCGCGAACAUUUGCGCUUUCCUUAAUAUUUCCCAAGCCAUGACCGAUCAAGGAUGUGUCUAGUUAGGCCUUUGAUUCAGUCAAGGAGCUACAACUAGAGUGUCCUGCAGCCGUGCAAGGGGAAAAUAUAAUUUUCUGCUAAGUGCGCCGAUGCUUCACACCUGCAGCUUGUGCUACUCACAUCGAGCAGCACUCCAAAAUGCAAAGUACUUGGAAUUCACCCUUGGCUUAUGCUAGAAAAUGUAUGUGACUAAGGUCACAAGAGCUUCCCUUGGGCUGGAAGGAAAGCCUUGUUUUUGUCAUACAAUGUAGAACAGCUCAGGUUGUAGAUCCAUUGUUAUAAAAAUCAAUUUCAAUGGGAAGUAAAUAGAAACAAUUCUUUUGUAUGCAGAUGCCAUACUUGUUAGUCCAUCACUGAUAGGUUGACAAUUGUGUACCAGAUGUAAAUCUACAGGUA